UGGCUUAUGCGGGUUUUUGCAGAUCUGGGGUGAGCUUGCACGUUAUAUCCCCGGUGCAUCUCUCCUUGCUUGCUUACGUUGCCACCACUUAGGCCUCUGUUGCAGAAAUCGCCAUACACUCUUAAAGGCCGCAGAAUCUGGAAGACCUUUCUGACCGAUUUACACACUCUUGGCAAAUCUGCGUGCACAAAUUGGACGGAGACGUGUAGAUUUCAUUUUCCCCGGCUUUGCAGCUUCCUUUGGCCUUGUUAGCUUCUGAGAACAGGCGUCCCCAGCCUCUAUCCGGAAGCCAAGGAGCUAAAACUCAGAAAAGCAAUCACUCCUCCCUGGUGAGACUUCUGGAGGAGCACUAACAGCGACAUGAUUCCACUUGCAGCCCUAUAGACAUCAGCUUCUCUGUCUUCCCUUACAGUUGUAGUCUUACCGCUCCUGUGUUGUUUCAGUGCCAGAAUGAGUGACCGCUAUCUAGAACAGAGGAUUAGUAUCAAAUUUUGUGUCAAAUUGAACAAGUCUGCAAGUGAGACCCACCACCUUUUAAAAGAAGCUUAUGGGGACGAAGUCAUGUCCAGGGCCAGAGUUUUCGACUGGCACAAAAGAUUUAAAGAAGGGCGGGAAGAUGUACGAGAUGACGCCCGAAGUGGCCGUCCAGUCACCCACCGGACAGAUGAAAAUAUUCAGAAGGUCAAGAACUUGGUUUGUUCAAACAGGCGGUUAACAGUGAGGAUGAUGGCUGAAGAGUUAAAUUUAGAUAAGGAAACCGUUAGACUCAUUCUGAAAGAAAACUUGAAUAUGAGAAAAGUGUCUGCAAAAAUUAUAUCAGGUAUUCUGAAGGAUGAACCUAAGCCUGGGAAACUUGACUGUCGGUCUGCUCUCUCAAAGGAAACUCGGAAAAAUAGCUCAUGGGUAAGGAGAAAGCUGACAAGUUCUGAAACAUGGACUCAUCUCCAGUGUGAAGCUGGUGGAGAAAUACCUCCGCCUGUAUCUCAUCCCCAGAACCACUUCCCUGCCAGCCAGCUUCUGCAGGCUUCGCCAUCAACAAGCCUUCCCGCCAGAGCAGCUCAGGACUGGUUCACACCAUGGUGAAGGGAUGUGAGGCAGCUGAGCCUGAGGUGGUAGAAAACCGCCACACAGUUAGGCACCUUCAUUUGCUGCUCCUCCAUUUCCAGUCUUUUCCAUUCCUUCCCACAUGUCACAGCCCUCUGAGUAACUCUUGCUGGACUGAUGGGCCAUCUCCCAAUUUUGAAGAACUUGGCUGUUGGCUUCUGCUACUUGCUUGUUCUAGAACUUUUGCUUAACAAGUUUGGAUCUCCUUGCUGCCCAGACCUUAGCUUGCGGUGGCUGUCCUGGUCCUGUGUUCUCAGCAUUCUGCCUCAGGGGAUCAUACCAUUAAAAGGAUAGAAAUGCCUGUCGACGUGCCAAGCCCACCUCCUCCCAUACUGGGACACGCAGCAACAUGGAUGUACAUGGAAAUAUUUGGUGUUCUACGCUGAGAAUUCCACAGCAUAUCAUGAGUCAUCCUAAUGUUGUAACUUACAAAACUAAAGUUUGCAAAUGUUAUUUUGGUGGAAUCUGGAAUCACUGUGCUUUUUAUUUAGGUCUUCAGAGUAAUUGUGUUAUGGGAUUUUAAAGUGAGAGACGAUGUAGAUAAUGCCUGUCCACAGAUGAAAUUGCUGUUAUGCUGGGGAAAUAUGUCCGCUGUUGUUGCUUUAGCAAACUGCUGACCGUUAAAAUGCCAAAUAUAUCUCCUCAGUAAAAUUUCAGACUUUCAGUUGAGUAUGUAUAUCUUCUAUAGGCAUAUAGAUUAUAGAUUUGCCAAGCUGAGAGAGUUCUUCAAGACCGAAGUAUAGGCAUUGGUCUGUAGAAAGAAUGGAAGAGUGAGACGUGGAUGUUAGUUCUGGCUCCUUAAAAGACCACGUGACUUUGGGCAAUUCGUUUUGCACCCUUGGAGCACUCUAGCUUACUCAUCUGUAAAAGGAGAAUAAUUUCACUUAUCUCAUGGACUUGUUUGUUUUGUACAUUCAACAAAUGUUUCUUGACUGCGUAUGUGUAUCUGACAUGGUUCUAGACACUGAGGAUACAGCAAUAAAGGAGACAAAGGAA